CUGAUUGUUACCGAAACUGUCACGAUUCAGAUCAAGUUUCGUGCAUUACUUUUUCAUUUUGCAACACUGGUGGUGUAACUGAGUGUAGAGUAAGCAGCUUGCAGUCUUCGGACAUUAUAAAUCGAGACUUGCAUACUGAAAAUGACAUCCACUGUACAAUUUUCUCUAUUAACAUUCUCAACGAUUAUUCAAAAGCACUCAAUAGAAAAUUUAAAACUCAGCUUUCAACUGUGAUGCAAACAGAUCAGCAUUUCUGUGCAGAAUCUUGUCAUGCUUCGUCUGAAUGCAUAUCGUUUCAAUACUGUGAUGGUUCUUGUAGUUUUGGUGGUUUAUUCACAGAUGCAGAUAAACAAUAUGAUGAAGAAUGCACAAUAUGUUUUCCCAAAGCAGCUGGAAAAUACCAAAAAACGGGAAACAAAAUAGUAUCAGAUGUGAUUAGCACCGAAACCAAAUUAACCUUGGAUCAAUGUGCUUCAUUGUGUCUUCGAUGGUCUGAUGGCAAAGCUAAAUGUCAAUCAUUCAACUACUGUCCUAAAAGUAGAACAGAAAGUUCUUGUUCACUGACUCAAUUUUCAAUUAAAAGUCCUGGUACCAAAACCACUGAAGGAGACGGAUGUUCAAACUACGAGUUAAAAGUGGAAUCGAAUGGAAAUGCAAUCCAAGAAUCCAAUAUCAAUGAAAAAUAA